CAGUGCAGCGCCACACGUCACGUCAGAUUCAGAAAAAGGAUAAAUUUUGUGCCUUGAAGCAUAUUUCAAUAAAAAUUAACAUUAUUUCGACACUGUUAUAAACAAUACGGCCCCAAUAAUUGGGUCAAUAAACUGUGCAUUCCCUGUAGAACUAUUGUGUUGUGCGUGUGUAUUUUUCCCGUUUUUAUCUGUGUUCGAAACGGUUUUGGUGUUUCUCAAAUAAGCGGUUCUCAAUUGUAUGAAUUGGCAUAGGACUUUAUAAUUAGCCGUUUGCGUCGUCUCCUACAUUGUGCGUGCCACAAUUGCCGGACGUUUAAUUCUCGAGGCUGUUAUUUAUUAGACAAUCUUGUCAAGAAAUGUGCGGUGCGGUAAUCGUAGCGAAUUUUUCGCGUCCAAAAUAUAUUUGAUGAACAGCGAUAUCAGUGAUAACUGAUAAUCCUUAUAUUUUCCAUUUCCUACCUAUAACUUCCUUUUCCAUUCCAAAUACAUACAAUAAUCUUCCAAAUAAAUAAUAAAUAUUUUAGAUAAAAUAAAUUAUAAUUAUAAAUAAUUAUUCUACCCCUAUUCCUUUAUUCAUUCCAGUUUAAUUGUUAAAUUGUUACAUAAAAACGAAUGAAUAAAAUAAAAUAAUUAUAUUUAGGAUAAUAAAUAAAUAAAGUGUAUAUAAAUAAAAUAUAAUCUAUAUUUUAUUAUGAUAGAAUUUAAGUCCAAUAAAAUAAAGUAACAACGAAGUAAUAAUUAAUGCAAUUUAUUUUUAAUAGCAACGAAGCAAUAAUAAUAGCAACAAUUUCUGAAUAAAUAAUUAAAAUUUCCACCGAUUGGGAUAAGUUUGACACCGUACGCUUGCUGAAUAAUUGACCCCGUUCACAUCGCGGGAUAAUAUUGACCCCAAACGCUUCGUAGGCUCCGAAAAUAUUCCCUAUCUUUCCCAUGUCGAUCCUAUAGCGUUGGUUGUUCCCCCAGCGACAUGUUAACCAUUAUAAUCUGACCCCAACUCCACGAUGUCGUCAUCCCCAGCCGUGGAACCAUCAUCCCCCUCCACGACCCCAUCCUCGCCCGCACUAAGAGCUGACUGCGCGCAAUUCCACUCUUCAACUCCGUAUUUUACUGGACGGAAGGCGCCACAGCCCCCACUCAACGUGGUACUACCAGUUACUGCGCCAGCCACACCGCCUACUUACAAAACAGCAGUGGGCGGCGUAACACGGCCGGCAAGUACGGCACUUUCUCGCAAGGAGAGUUACAAAGCACAGAGACAACACUACAGAAGAGAGAAGAAGAGAGCAGCGUCGGCUCUACUCCAUUCCAUCGAGGAUCCCUCGGUCGUUGUACUAGCUGAUUGGCUGAAGGUUCGUGGAUCGUUAAAGUCAUGGACAAAGUUAUGGUGUGUACUGAAACCUGGAUUAUUGCUGCUUUAUAAGAGUCCUAAAGCUAAGAGCAGCCACUGGGUGGGCACAGUGCUAUUAACGUCGUGCCAAGUAAUCGAGCGGCCGAGUAAGAAGGACGGCUUCUGUUUCAAACUGUACCAUCCGCUCGAGCAGAGCAUCUGGGCGCCGCGGGGUCCACAUAACGAGACCAUCGAUGUUCCCGCUCCCGUCCCGAGCAGACGGUUGCAGCGGAUUCCCCAGCUACUCAGACAAACCUCUCGCAUGAAGAUCUUGAGAAGCAUUUUAAUGAACACGGCAGGAGAAUUAGUAGAAGAAGUAGCGGAGGAGAACAAGUCUCUUCUCUGGUUCCUUCUGAAGCAGGUCAGGCCUGGUAUGGACCUUAGCAAGGUGGUGCUACCGACGUUCAUACUGGAACCUCGUUCGUUUCUGGAUAAACUGUCGGAUAAUUACUAUCAUGCUGAUAUCUUGGCUGAAGCCCAACAAGUAGAAGAUCCCUACCAGCGGUUUGUAGCUGUUCUACGCUGGUAUCUAUCAGGCCUAUACCGGAAACCUAAGGGUUUAAAGAAGCCGUACAAUCCGGAGGAAUCGAACCUAUUCGACGUAUCGUUACUCAAAGAACAGAGACUACCUCGCUUCUUGAUGAACUUGGAUAAGCAGCAGGAGUUCGAGUCCGCCAAGCUGUGGCUCAAAGUGUCCGAGGCUAUUAUGAACGAGGAUCAGAUCCUAGAAUAUGAAGAAGACUUCGUUAUCAAAACCUUACGAGAUGGGGCCCCCGUGAAACCAAGUGCCGAAAUUAGGCGCGACCUAGCGAGGCGGGUGUCAGACUCGGACAGCCACGACGAAUUGACCAGGCCUAAGACUUCGGCGCGCACCCUAAAACAGAGUCUCUACGCAAUAGACACCGCUCUGAGAGAACAGACUCUAGCCAUAGAGAGACUCUCAAAAAGUGUAGAGACUAUUAGCGAAGGACAAAGACAGGCUGCCGCGUUUAGGCCCCAGAAUGUCGGCAGGGUACCGACAUCAAGUCAUUCCUGGGACCUCUUCGGCGGUUUCGUCCUAGCCAUGGUGUUGCAAGCUUUACUAAACUGGGUUUUCUACCAAAAAGACUGAAAAUGAAGUGUUGCCACUAUAAAAAAUUGCAAUGUGAUUUUUGAAAUAAUUUGAUUACUUUUCUUCUGUUGUUCGGUUUAAUGUAGUUUGUUUUUGUGUAGAUAUUUAAUAUAUGAAAGGUUGGUUUUUUAGUUUGGCGCUUUGCUUGUAUUUCUGUCUGUCUGUGAGUUCUGUGAAAGGGAUGAUGAUGUGGCUAUAACUUGACGGAAUUUAAUUUAAACUGUCAAACACCGCGAGAACACCGGUGACCGCAACCUAUUGUUCUUUAAUUGUGUCUAUAAUGACGGUACUCAAAGGGUUAAUCAACAGCCUGUAAGUGGCCACCACUGACCAAAGGCCUCUUCUCACACGGAGAAGGUUUGAGCAUCGAUCACCAGUCACCACGCUUGCUCAAUGCCGGUUGGCGAUUAUGAAAUAUUUAUAAUCGAUCUUGUUUAGGUUAUGAUCUAUUUUUGACGUUAAUUUUAAUUCUAUUAAAGAAUUACGUAUUUUUUAUAGAUAUUGAAUCUUAUUUUGAACAUUUUUGGUCAUUAUCAUCAUCCUUAUUUGCAAUUGUGACUCGAAGAUGGAGAAUAUCCUGUCACUACAUUUAAGUACAGCUUGGUAAAAAGAGUUUGGCAAAAUAGAGGUCGCUAGUAUCGUACCUGUGGCAACCUGGUACACUACGACUCAACCGGUUUUGAUAUUUGUUAUUUUUAUCGAGUUUAAAAAGAGGAGGUACUGUGUUCGGAUGAUUGUUUAUUCAUGGGAUGUGGUCCGAAGUGGGUGAUUCAGUCCAAGUCUAUAUUAGUUGCAGCUGUCACCGCGUCAAGCUGAUUUUUGUCAAGCUGUAUGUAAUAUUUAUAUGGAAUAUAUUUGACAGUAUUUUUAUCAGAAAAUCUGUACAAUGAAGAAAAUGUAUUAUUUUAUAUUUCAUUUGAAAAUAACGGUUUUAUUUCAAACUGUGUUGCCAGCGUCAAAAAACGAACAAUAAUAAUAGAUAUCCGGAAAUGUUGCAAGAGUAAAUAUAGUAGGAAUUAUUAUUUUGAAUAAUUAUUACUUAUUACUAUUACUAUAUUAUUAUUAUGUAUUGAGUUUGAUAGUAAUAAAUUAAAUUUUAUCGCUGAGUUUUGCCUGUUAAUUUUAGUUUAGCUUUAGUGUUUUGAAAACAACCAAAUUUUAUAAUGUUUAAGGGCUCGUACACAACACUGCGAUGCGAUGCGAAUGCGCAACGCAGAAAAUUACGAUACGAAUUGCUGCGAUGCGAUUUCGUGCGACAAGGCGUCUCCCAGGGCGACCAUUCUUCGACGACCGUCAACCGUAACUAAACGUAUUUUAAAUUGAAAACUAGGUCGUGACAUGGAUCGUAAAAAGAAGUGUGCACGUCUGUUAUUGCUUAGGAGAUACAGGAAAAAGAAACAAAGAAGAUUUUGGGAAGAUAAGAUUUUGAUGCGCGAUGCGAAUCAAUUCGCAAGUUCGUGCGAUGCGUAGAUGAAGCUCGCACAUUUUUAAAAUGCGACGUGGCAUCGCAGUUUGUGUACGAGCCCUAAAUGAAACAAGUGAAUUUAUUUCUGCAAAUAGUCUACAAGGCACUUUGACACGUCAAUUGUAUCAAGCGAACGAUUAGACCGACAUUUCCUAACUGACUACUCUGAGAAGAAAUGCCGUAACAAACUCAGAGGUCUGUUUUUUUAAAGUCC